AUGACCCUCAGCAGCAAGAUCAAGCCCGCGGCCCGUGUCGCCGGCCGGCGACAGGAUGUAUGGUCCAUCAUCAACGAGGCCGCUGCCGCCUCGCCCAAACAGCCCAUUGUGAACAUGGGCCAGGGCUUCUUCGGCUACAACCCGCCCGAGUUCAUCCUCAAUGCCGCGAAGCAGGCGCUGGACCGGGUUGAGUGCAACCAGUACAGCCCUACCAAGGGCCGCCCAAGGUUGAAGAAGGCGAUCGCCGAUGCUUACUCCCCAUACUGGGGCCGCAAGCUGGACCCUGAGACCGAGGUCACCAUCACCACCGGCGCAAACGAGGGCAUGCUCAGUGCCUUCAUGGCUUUCAUUGAGCCCGGCGAUGAGGUUAUUGUCUUUGAGCCCUUUUUCGACCAGUAUAUCAGCAACAUCGAGAUGCCCGGCGGCAAGAUCACCUAUGUUCCCCUGCAUCCCCCCACGGACGGUGCUACGGCAACAUCAUCUGCCGCCAACUGGACCAUCGACUUCGACGAGCUUGAGCGCGCAAUCACGCCCAAGACCAAGAUGAUCGUCCUCAACACACCGCACAACCCUGUCGGCAAGGUCUUUUCCAAGGAGGAGCUCCAGAAGAUCGGCGACCUGUGCGUCAAGCACGAGAUCAUCAUUCUCUCCGACGAGGUGUAUGACCGCCUGUACUACGUCCCCUUCACGAGAAUCGCCACCCUGUCUCCCGAGGUCGAGCGCCUUACCAUCACCGUCGGCUCCGCAGGCAAGAACUUUUACGCCACGGGCUGGCGUGUGGGCUGGCUCAUGGGUCCCGCCGAGCUCAUCCAGCACGUCUCCGCCGCUCACACCCGCAUCUGUUACUCUUCCGUGUCACCCCUGCAAGAGGCAUGCGCUGUUGGUUUUGAACAAGCCGAGAAGGAGGGCUUCUGGGACGAGACGAUCAAGGACAUGAAGGGCAAGAUGGACCGCUUCAACGAGGUCUGGAAGGAGCUGGGCAUGCCCUACUCGGAGCCUGAGGGUGGCUACUUCGUCCUCGUCAACAUGGCCAAGGUUAAGCUGCCCGAGGACUACCCCUUCCCGCCCCACGUCGCCAGCCGUCCUCGGGACUUCAAGCUCGCCUGGUUCCUCAUCCAGGAGGUCGGCGUCGCCGCCAUUCCGCCCACCGAGUUCUACACCGACGCCAACACCCACAUCGCCGAAGACUACAUCCGCUUCGCCGUCUGCAAGGAGGACGAGGUUCUCGAGACCGCCAAGGAGCGCCUCCGCGGGCUGAAGAAGUAUAUCCAGGAAUAG